AUGAUACUUUGCUUUCAAUCUAAACCACGACGAAAUAAUCACCGCCACCGCUCAAACCAAGCGCUAGUCAUUGUGACACUUCUUUCACUAUGCGUUACCCUAGCACAAGCCUCGAUCGGUGAUGAACUCCCCGCGUUCCAAUAUUGUUUAGCAACAUGUCAUUGUGCAAACUUACCAUCUGAAUAUACUGUGGUUGGAUGGUCGUGCACUUCCAACUGCAAUUACUAUUGUCAGCAAACAAUUACUGACGAAAUAGAGAGGUUAAAUCUACCAGUGGUUCAGUUUUAUGGCAAAUGGCCAUUCAAGACUGUGUUGGGGGUACAAGAGUUUUGGUCAACAAUGUUUAGUUUGGGGAAUUUGUAUGUUAAUUAUCAAAGUUUUCGAGUGAUUUAUCGAGAAUUUAAAAAAUUGCCAAAACAAAAACAAAAUAGUGCUUCGAUAAAUACAACUGUGGUGGAAUCUCAAAUAUUAAAUUGGCAGAGUUUGGUUUUACUCGUUGUUUCAUGCAUUGGAUGGUGUUUUAGUUCAAUUUUCCAUUUUCGUGAUACUGCUUUAACUGAAGUACUUGAUUACUUUGGGGCAUUUGCGAUAAUAUUGUGCAAUUUGAAUGUUAUAGUCGUUCGAUAUUUCAAGUUAUACAAGCUACGUUUCAAACUGGUGUUGAAGUUGUGGCAGUUGAGUUUAAUCGCAUUGUAUAUUUAUCAUCUAGUUCGGCUAUUUAUGGACUGGGAUUACACUUAUAACAUGAACAUCAAUGUUGUAUUGGGGUUAUCGGCCAUGAUCUUGUGGUUUCUACAUUCAUUUGCAAUUGGACGAAUCUAUAAUAAGAAUAUCAAUUUGGUUAGCAACACCAUUACGUUGGUUCCAUAUGAGACAAAUAUUUUACAAAAGUUGCAUCUACACAACCACAAAAUCACAAGAUUGAGAUCUAGGCAUAAGAGAUUGAGUUUGGCUAAUUCGUCGCAUUGGAUUCCGUAUAUUCCUAUAUUCAACAACGUUAUAUUAUUAUGUGGAUUAUAUCUUGAAAUUAAUGAUUUUAAACCAUGGAAAAGAUUAAUUGAUGCACAUUGUUUGUGGCAUUUGUUAACUAUAUUCCCAAGCUAUAUUUGGUUUGAUUGGAAUGUAUGGGAUGUUGAAAUGUCGAUAGUUACUAACACUUUGUAG